UUGGCCUCUGCAAUAGUUUUAUUUUUUGUUGAAAAUUCAAAACACAUAACAUUUGUAAUCUAAGUUUGUAUGACAGUUCUUUAGAUGGACAAACCAAAGGGUAAAAUUAAUUUCAAAACAUGAUUUUAUGUUGUUGGAAGAUCAUGAGCUCCAAUUUAUGUUUGUCAUGUCACAGAAUGGCUUGGGCAUCUUCUGUUCCUUUUGAAUGUUACUUACUAUAUGCCAACACGACUAGCUACUAUUUUUUCCCCAUUUAAUUUGUGAUUCAUCUCUUUUAUCUGCUAUACUUUUCCACUGCUACGGUUUUUAUUUUUAUUUUUUAUGCCCUCUCUCACCAUCAUCCACUCCUUCCUUGGGCAGAAGUGCCUUUUAAGUUGAAAAGAACAUAUUUCAUUAAAUAGUGCUAAUUUAUCCCUCCCCUCUUUCCAUGUGAACAAAGAUAUUCAAACAUAGCAUGUCAUCAUAUCUUUUUGUAUUAUGACAGCAUACAUACAAGCAAGCGCUACAACAUUGCAAGAUUGUUCCCAAACAAAGUACAAUUACUAGAAAUUCAUUGCCUAUGUCAAACAGAUCGUCUUCUCCAAAUUCUUUUAAUAAUUUGGGGAUUAAUGAAAAUGAGGUGAAGUUCAAAAUUGCAUCUUGUCACUGUUCACUGAAUGAGAAUAGAGCUUCUCUUGUUGAGGUGGAGGGAAUUCCUAACAAAGCAAGAAAUUUGCAAAGGAAUCCAAUAAUAGGCAAGCUUUAUCGAAAUUCGAGACACACUCGUUCUUCCAUUGCUUGGUACAAAGAGUGUUUGAGGUUUGUCAUGUUGGAUUUCUUAAUGCCAAUUUUCAUUCCGAGGAUAACAAUUUAAAUUUGAUUAUUAUAUCAUUUUGUGUAUGCUUCUUUUAUUCAGUUCGCUUUUUAGCAAUAGCAUAAGAUUUUUUGGGUGCUUUUUGUGAGUCUCACUUGAAAAUCUGAACACAUCUAGCAUUAUAAAGCUUCGUGCUUGCUCUUAUAUAGAUAUUUCUUGAUUGGAUGAUUGGUGUGUUCUUUAAAAAAAAGGCACGAGUGUCUAUUUUUGUCCGUAGUUAUGUAGUUAUAUUUCAACAUCUUGAUCAUUCCCAUUGUUUUUGACUUAUCAAUUAGAGUGGUUUAUUGAAUUGUUUUUAGUUUACCUAACCCUAUUCAUCAAUGUGCAGGUGUCUUUCACCUGUUAAAAAUACAAUUCUAGAAAUCCAACGAAGCUUUUGAGUCCUGGCAUUUCUAUGACCGUGCAACUCUUU